AUGGCUUAUAACAAAUCCUACAACCCCGACGCGUUGCCCGCGCAUGCUGAGCCGGAGCAGGUCGCCAAGAUGAUCGGGUCAAUGCAGGUGUCGGGGAAUCCGAGUCAAGGUCAAAAACCGCUUCCCUCUCGUCCGCCGCCGCAGUCAACUCCCAGCGGCGUGCCUCCUCGCGUCCCGGUUUCCAGCGCCCCUCCGCAGCAGCACCCAUACAGCUCGCCAGCCCCGCGCCCACAAGACCCGCAAGGACACCCCUCAUACAGCGGUCGACAACCUCCCCCUGCCAAUGCGCCGUCCGGCCAGUACCGCACGCAUGCAUUACAUCCAUCGCCGCCGCCUCAGAACUACGGGUUUGGUCCGCCUCCAGCCCAUCCACAGCGCAGUCGACCGCCGCCCGCAUCGCGUCCCCCGCAAUCGCCUCAGCCGCCGCCACUGUCCGUGCCCAGCGAUGACCCGCAACACCUCUACCCGCUUUUUCGCGCAGCCAACGUGUCGCACUCCGGGUCGCUGACCGAGAUGGAGCUGGGCUCCGCACUGGUCAAUGGCGACUACACCUCAUUCCACCCGCGGACGGUCAAGAUGAUGAUCCGCAUGUUCGACCGUGACGCCUCGGGGACUAUCAUCUUCGACGAGUUCGUGUCGCUGUGGCGCUACCUGGCGGCGUGGCGCGAGCUGUUUGACCGGUUCGACGAGGACCGCAGCGGGCGCAUUAGUCGCCCGGAAUUCGAGAAUGCGCUCGUCGCGUUCGGGUACCGCUUGAGCCCGCAAUUUGUUUCGGUGCUAUUCACCACCUUUGAGAGCAAGACGCGGCAGUUGAAUGCCCCGCCCAUGAGCCCUUCUCGGAACGGCAUGAGUUUCGAUCUGUUCGUGCAGGCGUGUAUCAGCUUGAAGCGCAUGACGGACGUAUUCAAGCGUUACGAUGAAGACCGUGACGGGUACGUCACAGUGAGCUUCGAGGAGUUCUUGACU